AUGAACUCUUCGAUCCUUGAACAAGACUUGGAAACCCACAUUAACGCUCUACGGGGGAACGGAUGGCAUUUUCGACAGUCAAAUAGGAACAUUGAGCAAAAUGACAUGUGGGAGCUCCGACACUCGGGGCGCUUUCCCUCAUUCAAGGCGGCUAUGGGUUAUGUAAACGAUGUGGCGAACCUGGCAAAAUCUGAAAAGCAUCAUCCAACAAUUGUUAUUUUCGACCGCGUCAAUGUAGCGAUCGCUCUCAUUACUCAUGAUACGGCCAAACCUCCCAUAAUAGACGCACCCUCCACCGAUUUGCAUGCACCAGCCACCCGUCACCCUGGAAUAACACUGCGUGAUAUUCGCAUGGCGUUACUUAUCAAUCCGCUCCUUGAUCUUUACAAAGUUAUCGACCGGAGCCCCCCUACCGAGGAUCCUAUUCCUAGAUAUGAAGAUUUAAUGGGGGUUAACAUUGAAAAAUCUAAUUAA